GUGUGUGUGGCACAGAGGGAGAAGGGGUAUCCAUCAGGCUAAGAAAGGGUUCUCUUAACUUAUGAGCCACUGAAGAACACUUAAGAACACCGAAAACCUGAGACCAUCACUGAGGAACACAAACACAUCUCAACAGAAGGAAAUGAACGUGGCCAAGAUCCAUGACAAGUUUUUAAUAAAGAACUUCUGGGAACAAAAAAUUGUGAAUCAAAGCCAGCACCUGGAGAACGAAGACAUGAGAAAGGAGAAGAGUGCCCUGUCAAAGUUGAGAGAGGAGUGGGUUCAGAGGCUGGAUAAUCGAACCAAACAUCUGAAGAAUCUGAAUGAGGACUUUCUGAAGAAGGGAAAACUGGCCAAAAUGUCUGAACAAACAUAAUUUAACCAUGUAAUUUUGGGGGGGUCAUUUGUAACUGUGUGAGUGUUUUCAGAAAUCAAUAAAAUCCUUGUAUUU